AUGAUAACUGCAGUUAGAACAAGCACAAAUUGCAAUCUUCUUUGUAAAUACAUGCAUGAUGAAGACAGCAAGUUUGGUCUUCGUGUUACCAACGUACGUAAAGAUAAAUGGAUUGCUUAUGGGGAUGGAAUGCUCAAGAACACAAAGGAUGAGAAAAAUUUCGAAAUUGCUGUGGAAGCAUCACAAGCAUCUGUUGACCAAGUAGUCAAAGCGUACAAAAACCCUGAUGAGAAAAUAGAUCCAAGUGCAGUCACUGAUCUCUUACCAUUUGUGGACGAGAGUGAGAAAAACAACACCCCAUUGUUUCAAGUCAAAGAUGGUAAACUUCAUCGUAGAUCAGAUAUCAAUAAUCUUCAAGAUAAGAAAACUAUCACGAAUUGGUGGGGAUCAACUACGGCUGUGAAACUACAUUGGUCGUAUUCACCUCACAAUUCUGCCAUAUAA